AUGUGGCAGGGGCAGCCCCUGGCAGGGCUCCGGGCCAUGCCCAGGGGUGAGCGCAGCCUCUGGGUGCGCUGGGAGGCCCCACCAGCCCCCCCGGCCGCCUACGUGCUGGAGUGGCAGCGGGUGCCCUCGGAGCCCGAAGGCUGCGGCGUCUGCUGGCAGAUGGAGCGUGACGGGGCUGCCACCGCAGCCCUCAUCCAGGAUGGCAUUGAGCCUUUCCAGCGGUACAACAUCUCGGUGUACCCCCUCUACAAGGACACCAUCGGGGCGCCCGCCCACACCGCAGCCUACUCUAAGCAGAAGGCACCGUCCUACGCCCCAAAGCUCCACCUGAAGAGCAUCAGCAAGUCCGACGCUGAGCUGUGCUGGGACCCGGUGCCGGUGGAGAUGCAGAACGGUUUUAUCACCAGCUACACCAUCUUCUGGGCCAACAGCACCGCAGAAGUGUCCAGCGCCGCUGUGAAUCCGUCUCUCAGCUCCUUUGUCAUCCGGGAGCUGAAGCCAUCGACCCUGUACAAAGUGCACAUCAUGGCGUCCACAGCCGCCGGCGGCACCAAUGGCACCAGCCUGACCCUGGUGACUACGGUGCUCGAUGACAUCGAAAUCCAGUUCCUGUUCCUGACCCUGGGGCUGACCUUUGUCUUGCUCAUACUUUUGCUCAUCUGUUUCCAGAAGAACGGGCGGGUGAAGCAGCAGUUCUGGCCCAGCGUCCCCGACCCCGCCAACAGCAGCCUGGGCAAGUGGGUCCCAGCAGAGCUCCAGCAGGAGCCUCUGCAGGUCCCCGGCGUGAGGGAGCCUGGCCUGGCCACCAUUUCCACCGUCACAGUGCUCGAAAGGGCGGCGGGCAAGCAGCCACCCACCCGGGGCAAGGAGCCCACCACCGAGCCCACCGGCAGCCCCCCUGCCCUGGCCCAGCCCUACGUGCGGCAGGAGGGCCCCGGCACGCCGGACCUUUGCAAGCAUGUUCAGAGCUCUGACUUUGUACUGCUCUUCCUCAAAUGUUAA